AUGGCCUCAACAAGCGAAAGUGAGAAGUCGCUUCUAUUGCCAUCAGCGCCUGCCAUCAAUGUCUCGCCUUCGGUGACGAUUCAGCCACCAUUAUCGAGAGCAGGCAGGGGUCCAGCACUGAUCAUAUUGAUUGAUCAAGAGUGUGCAACAAAAGCCUCGAUAGAGGGUAUCGANCCCUCCCCGUUGCAAAAAUGGGCUGAGGAGAGUUUUUUNGUUGCCCAAGUGGAUCUGGGCAGGCUACANCAAAGCUUUGAGGAGACCCUAUCCGAUACACUCCAGUUUAUCAAGGGUCAUCCUACUUUUGAUGGAACCGAGAAAUUCGGAGUUAUUGCAUAUCUCUCUUCAUGGCCAGUUGGGGUUGCCAACGUACUUGAAGCAUCCCGAGACAUAGCUUCGAUAGUCGUCUAUGGGUCGUCAGAGAUUGAAUCUACCAAACCGACACUUUUUCACAGACCUGGCAACCCGCCCAUUCCGAUCAAGAAGGAUGCAUCCAAGCAGAACAAAACUUACUACUAUCCAAAGGUUGAGCCGUUCUUUGUGCUCCCAGCUCACAAGUCUUUCCACGCUUCUUCAGCAUCAGUGUCGCAUACCCGUACACUCAGCUUCCUGAAGCCACUGAUCGGAGGUCCGUGGUUUGAUCUUGAGGAGAUUUGGGAAGAGCAUUGCUUGUACGAGUUUGGCGAAAGAGCGGUCGAGAAGACCAUGUCUACUAUGGUUCAAGAACCGUAUGUCAACCAUAUUCCUACUCUGACCGGCGGUAUCGGAAGAGCAAGGUUGACAGAUUUCUACCGCGACCAUUUCGUCUUCAGCAAUCCAGAAGAUACUGCUCUGGAGUUGGUCAGUCGAACUGUAGGCAUUGAUCGAGUCAUUGACGAGUUCAUCUUCAGCUUCACUCAUGAUAGGGAGAUUGACUGGCUUAUUGUCAACAUCCGAGGCGAUAGACUGUACCAUGAGCAUAUCGCAUGGGAUCAAGCUACUGCUCUUGUUCAGCUUGGUCUGCUUCCAGAGUAUCUGCCCUUCUCGUAUUCGAUCGAGGGGAAGACUGCAGCAUCAGGCAAGCACUUCGAGUACAGAGUGCCAGCGGCUGGUGUGGAGACUGCCCGAAAGCUGGUAGACGAGUCUUCUGUAGAGUCGAACCAGAUGCUGAAGUUUGAUAUUCGAGAGACCGACGACUAG